UGUUCCCAAGAUAUAAAGUGAAACACAUUGUAAAUUUCUGUGGAUAUACGCUUAUAGUGUCGGUGCAUAUCAAGUUCAGAUACGUCGCAGUAUAAAUGUAGCAUUUCGGAUUUUUCACCAUUAUGAAUUCAGCGCAUUCAUACACUUCGUAUAUAAAAAUUUUCUACUUUUAGAAAUAUGCUUUUUUUGAUCCACUUGGCUUCUCAGUUCUCAAUGAAAUUGAUAUUCAACAUAUCGAAAAUGAAAUCAAUGAUAUUAUUCGAAAUGAAAUAAAUUAUCAAAAUCAAGUUUCGGCAACAACAACACCGACUUCAACAAUUACUUCAUCAUUAUCUUCAUCAACAACAGGAGCUGCUUCCUCCUCCUCGUCAUCAUUAUCAACAACGACAGCUACUUCAUCAUCAUCAUCAAAAAUCGAGCCAAAACCAUCAACACUUGAUGAAUUUUUACUUGCUUGUGAAGAAUCUCAAAUUAGCGAUAGUCAAAAGGUAAACAGCGCAAGAUUAACACUUGAUGAAGAACUAGUAAAUUACAAAAAAUGUGCUAUUGACUUCUGUAGUCGUCAAAAACCAACAGCAAGUGCAUCUAUAAACCUCUGGAAAAAAUACUAUAAUGAUUUUCCAGUUUUGUCACAGCUUGCUAGAGUCUAUCUAUCAACACCAGGGACAAAUAUUGCUUGUGAAUCAGCUUUUUCAAUUUCAGCAUAUGUUGCCAGGAAAGAGAGAGCACGUUUAAGUGCUGAUAAUUUGAGUUUUACGAUGUUUUUGAAGGAUAAAAUCGCAUAA